GAUAAAGCUGUCGGCACCAACGAUGAACUCGCAAAAAGAUUCAGGAACCUUCGUGAUGAGACAAGAAACGACGCCAUGGUAUAUCUCAAAGGCAUUCUUCCAAUUUGUACCAAGUUUGUAUCUUGCUUAAGUGAAUACUUUGAGUAUUAUGAAGCACUGGAUUUUGAGGAAUGGUGUGACAUGAUUGCAGAGAUCCUUGAAGAGACCACUGGCUACAGACAACUUUGUGAAACACUACUGCAGAUGCAUGAGGACAUCAUGGUGCCUCUCAAGAAGAGGAGAGACAGCGCAACGAUCAUGAUCAAUGAGUUUAAAGAUCUUACAGAAAUAUACCAGAGGCAGAGUAAAGAUCUGGAGGAAAAAGCAAUUUACAAACGUGAAUGGGCACGUUACCUUUUCCAGUUUCCAGUAGUAAACCUUGUUGCAUGCCCCUUGUUCUACGUAAGUGCAAGUGUAGAUUUUGUAGAGUCCAUUGCUAAGAACAAGCAAGCUGAAAUUACAGAAGCUGCUUCAAUAAUAGUCGCUGAAGCACUAAUCCCUGCACUUGAAGAAUUCAUGACUGGUCUCAAAAAGGCAGCAGCAUUCUUCUCCGUAAUGGAACAAGAAUUGCGCAAGUCUGAAAGCAAAGCUGAAAAAGCCAAAAGCGAACCCAAAAAGCUUUACUACAAAGUGAUGAACAAACAAGCAAAAAGCAUGAAAUCUACCUGCCAAGUCUUUUAUGCAGUCCUCCCAGACGUUAGGACCGACUUUUUGGCUAUUCCCACUGAGGGAACAGACCAGAAUUAUGUCGACAAAUGGCUGGAGCAGCAGAAGAAAAUAAUCCAAGAGAAAUGCCUCGCUUCCACGCUUGCUCUAAAAUUACUGAAAGCCAUAACUGACUGA